AAGUGCGAUUAGUGCGGCGGUGAUGACGCAGCGCUCAUUGAGGACUGCUUCACGCGCCUCGAUCGGUUGUGCUCGAGUGAAAAUGGCCUCGUCCUUCUGGAAAGGUGUUGUCGGUGUAGGCCUUUUCGCCCUGGCACACGCAGCUUUUUCAGCGGCACAGCACCGAUCCUACCUGCGACUGACAGAAAAAGAGAAUGAAACAUUACCUAUAGAUAUAGUGUUGCAGACCUUGUUAGCGUUCGUGAUCACUUGUUACGGCAUAGUUCACAUCUCAGGAGAAUUCAAAGACAUGGAUGCUUCUUCAGAGCUCAAAAACAAGACAUUUGACACAUUGAGAAAUCACCCUUCGUUCUACCUGUUCAAUCACAGAGGCCGAGUGCUCUUCCGCCCUCCAGAGCAAGAGGCCUCCACUCCCAGCGCCCAGGCCUUGCCCUCCAAUCCCCUGAGGUUACGCAAGCUGGAAAAUUAUCAUUGAGACUGGCCUUCAGUGGGCUGCCUUGCCUGGUUUCGUUUUUUUAUUUUUCUUAAAUUAAUUUGUUUGCUCCUCAGUUUGUAAGAGGAAAAUAAGCAUAUUUUCCUGUCUAUGUAUAUGUGAAUAUGCUGUACAAACAUGCAUCUAUUGUGGUUACUAUUUUGUCAAUGGACUGUGCCAACUCCUUUUCCAGCCGAUAUGUUUGUAAAUACUUGUUAUUGCCUGGGAGUCUUAAGUCAGUAGGUUACGGCUGUAGCCCUCCGCUUGGCUGUCACAGACAGGGCACAAAUCCUGCCAUGUACAUUGUCGGUUUGCCAUGUUUUUGGCUGAACUGACCCUAACUGCAACCGGUUCUUCCCUGUCCCCAUCUGAAUUGAGGUCAAUAUUGUGGACCAUAAAUUAUAUUAGUGUUCAGAAGCGGAAGAUUUGAUUUACUGAACUUUAAAUUUAUAAUACUGAAAUUAAUUAAAACUAUUAAAACAUGUCUGAGCUAGGCCACAAUAGAUUGUAGAUUAAUAGCAAUUCUAACAAUACUGUGAACACUCAGUGGGAAUGAAUGGUACAUUUUUGUUUUCUUGAGGAGGGGGGGGGGGCAAUAUUUUCUGAUUUAUUUCAUGUUGAGUCACAACUCCUUAUUUUCACCUUAAUAAAAGCUGAAAUGUUCUUGA